AUAAAUAUGUCAAAAAAUAAUAAAUUAAUAGAUGUGGCUAAAUAUUUAAGAAGGUUCUAUUAUAGAGUUCACAAUUUUGUUGAAUAUAGAAUGUUAGUGAAUCAGAAACAUAUCUUAUUUGUUGGAGGGAAUAAAAAUCCAUUGACACCAAUGUUAUAUUAGAACUUUUAUCUAAAUUGGUAAAUAGGACAUUUAGGUUUAUAAGAGGAAUUAGCUAUAAAGCCUAAUUUUAUUUUAAAUUAGGAGGAUGAUUUAUAGAAAUUGGUUGAGUAAGCAAAAAGUCGAAGUACUCAUUAUGAUGCAAUAAUAAUAUUGGAAGAUAGAAAUGGAUUGUAAGAAAUGGGAGAUAAAUUUGAGAUGCAUAAUAUGUAUAAAAGUGAAGUGAGAAGAGCAUUAAUGGCUUGUCAUAUGGCAACAAAGAUUUUAGCUUCAAAUGGGAUGAUAUGUUUUACAAUAGAUUAGAGAAGCUAUUUUGAAUAAAAAGAGGAAUAGAAUAUAUCAACAGGUAAAGUGAUGAAGGAUUGUUAGAUUGCACAUUUAUGUACAAAUUUAGGAGAGAGAGAUGAUUUAGAGACAGAUACAUUAGUAGUAGGAGCAUUGAUAGAGGAUGAUAAAUUAAGUGAUAUAGUAAAAUAUUUGAAAUUAUGGGCAGAUGGAAUUAAAAGACCAGCAAGUGGAACAUUUGCUCAUUUUAAGUAUAGCAAUCAUAAAAAACCAAUUGUAUAUCCUGAGUUAUUAUGAUGAUGAAUAUAAAUAAUAUUAUAUAUGUG